AUGAAAGUGUUUCUCGUGCUGGCGACUCUCGCCCUCGUGCGCGCCCAUCCCACGUCGAGCCUCCUGGAAGGCAUCCUGGCGGUAAAUUACAGCAGCACGGCGGCGUCAGAGUGGUGCCAAGGUGAUCUGCAGAUUGUGGAGGACGCCCUGAGGGCGCAGGACAUUUGGGCAAUGAAAUUGUUGGAUGCGUCGGGGCGCAUCGAGUCGGGAUUUGUGUGGGGCAACAACUUCUGGCUCGGCUCAAAGUCCUCGUGCGCCCGCCUCGCCCGCCCCUAUCCCGUCUCCCUGUCCGCCAGAUUUUCGCGCAACAACGUGCCCCACUUGACAGACAUUGCGGCACCAAUUCCUGUGAUAUAUCGCGUCAUUUACGUGCGACACUCUUCCCGCCUUCAGCUCGACAUGAAAAUACUGGAUCUGUCUGUCCUGCACAUUGGUCUCUGUUUGCCGACAAAUUGCAGCAAUAAUGACACGGAAAUUCUAGUGACUCAAUUGCUGGCCGAUGUAAAUUCUGCGGCAAGUGAGAUACUUGGCAAAAAUGCCACUGUUCUGCACAGCAAGAGUCUUCAGCUGAGAGAUACAUUCUACCGAAAUCCCCUGGUAAUUUCAUCAAUUGUCCUUCUGGCAAUUAUGGUGAGCCUGAGUGCUGUCUGUUCACUGUACAACCUGUUGAUGUGCAGAGGAGCCCAGGAUGAUUGCCAAAUUAACAAGGAGGACUCAAGGAGUCUCAAUAUCUUUGAGAAAUUCAUCACAUGCUUCUCAAUUCAUCACAACGCCGUCAUCGUGUUCAACCACGAACUUGGGAAAUCCUCCGUGCCGGUGAUUCAUGGGCUCAGAGCACUCACAAUGUUCUGGAUCAUCACCGGACACAUCUUCUUCUAUGCACUGGCGAGCACCAAGAAUUUCCAGCGCGUUCUCACGUACACGAAGGAAUGGUUCAUGCAGCCGUUCAAUGCAGCAGCCACAGGAGUGGACACGUUCUUCGUUAUCAGCGGUUUCCUGCUGGCGUACCUUUACUUUGAGUCCUACAUGAAGAAGCCAAAGAAAGACGGCGUCAUCGCGUUCUGCAAGAGUGUCUUCAGUCGUGUCCUGAGAAUUGCGCCAUCGUACUACACAAUUCUCCUCUUCUCCAUCAUAAUUGGAAUUUACUUGAAGGAUAAGUCACAAUUUCACUUGCUGGAGAACAUCGAAGAGAAUUGCACAAAAUACUGGUGGCGCAAUGUGCUCUUCAUUAACAACUUCUUCCCAUUCUCCGAGAUCUGUCUCACGUGGAGUUGGUAUCUCAGCGUGGAUUUACAAUGUUUCAUCAUCACGACUCUCUGUCUUGUCAUCUGGAGCCGCAGUCAGAGAUUAGCCACGGCACUGUUCAUUGUCAUCUUCCUCACGGCCACAUUCUUCAACUCCUACCUUGGAUAUGUCCUCAACUUUGACUUCAAAUACGACGUGGAAUUCAACAGCAUCGAUUUCCUGUACACGCCAGUGUGGUCGAGGAUUCCUGUUUACUUCUGCGGUGUCCUCGCCGGAUGGUUUUUGAGCACGUUCAACCGAAAGCUCUACCUCAAAAGGUCUAUCAUCCAUGGCUGCUGGCUCCUAACCGCAUGCACCGCAAUUCUUCUCAUUUUCGGCCGGAUGCUGAACCACCUGCCCGCCGUGGCGUCAAUGUGGUACUGCGGCUUCGGAAAAACCGCCUGGGCCAUGGGCAUAUCGUGGAUUAUCAUCGCCUGCGCCACAGGACACGGCGGUAAGUGA